AUGAAGUCCAACACCUUCGUCGCCAUCGGGGACGGUUCCCUGGCUAUUGGGGCUGCCGUUCGCCUGGGAGGCUCAUGGGUCCCUUCCCCUGGCACCGGCCAGAGCCACGAACUACACGCUCAGGAGGUGGACAUCCUAGGGCCAUCCGAUGCCAAGACAUUUCCCAUUCAAAAGAAAUAUCAGACUCCUGAAUACCUCCGUACCAUGCCCCACCUACGAUCGAGGACUCCUUUCAACUCGGCUCUCCUGAGACUUCGAUCCCAGGUUAUCGGCAGCUUGACCCAAUUCUACGCGGACCGAGACUUUGUCCAGACACAACCGCCAGUGAUCACAUCGUCGGACUGCGAGGGCGCUGGAGAAGUCUUCACUGUCUCUCCCGCCAACGAAGUACCGGUUCCGGAAGGGAACAGCGAGAAGGCAGAGUCGUUCUUCAGAUCCCCCAAGUAUCUGACUGUGUCGACACAACUUCACCUCGAGGCAUUAGCUCAGUCUGUUGGGAACGUGUGGACACUGUCUCCUACUUUUCGUGCAGAGAAAAGUGAUACGUCUCGGCAUCUGAGUGAGUUCUACAUGCUUGAAGCAGAAAUGAGCUUUGUGGAUGAUAUGGUUCACGUCAUGAAUCUCUUGGAAGACAUGUUACGACAUAUAAGCACAAAUCUCUACGAGUCCAAGGUGGCUCAGGAGAUCCGCUGGCGCGGCAAGGGCAGCUCGUCUGAUCUUGCUCCAGGAGACGAGGUAGACGGGCGCUGGAAAGGUCUGAUGCUCCCAGAGUGGCCGCGUCUGACGUACACCGAAGCAAUCGACAUUCUAAAGGAGAAGGAGGACCUUUUCGAGCACACGCCUGUCUGGGGCGCCGGCCUUCAGUCUGAACAUGAAAAGUAUAUCGCCAAGGUUGUCGGGGGAGGACAGAAGCCUGUCUUUGUGACUCAUUACCCCCGAGACAUCAAGGCUUUCUAUAUGCUCCCGAGUCAAUCACCAUCGGGCCGAUCUGGCGCUGAUAUACAAUUACCCGGCACCACCGUGGACUGCUUUGAUUUACUUGUUCCAGAGUUCUGUGAAAUCGCGGGCGGCUCGAUGCAAGGUGCUGAAGGAUUAGACGGGAGCAUGAGCGCAGAUGCUCAGGGAGGCAGUUUGGAGUGCUUCUUCCUGCUAUGCGGUGUUCGUUAA